AUGCUGUCUUUUUCUCAUGAAAGCCUUGAUUUGAUUGAUUAUGUCCAUGAAUUUGUUUAUCUCGUUACUCUCAUAAUUUCAACUGGUUUCUUAUUAUCUUCUGCUGUUCGUUUUUUUUUUCUUCUCCAUCAUUCAUUUCCUCCCCGCAAGUCCGAGACGGUAAAGUUACCGCCUAAUGAAAGAGCAUAUUGCACAUCUAUCUGUCUGUUAAUUAAUCUAUCUAUCUAUCUAUCUAUCUAUCUAUCUAUCUAUCUAUCUAUCUAUCUAUCCAAUGAAACAUUGACUCUAUCGAAAAAGAGAAAUUCUUUCUUUAUGAAUAAUUUUCUUGUUCGUUCUGUAGGAUCCUCUCUUGAAGAAGACUUAGCCCCCUUAAUUGCCCCUCUUUUAUAUACACCCCCUUCUUUCUACUUUUUGUCGAACCCUUACGGUAUCUAUAUCUCUACGUCUUAUUUCCUAUCUUUCAGUUGUUCCUCUUUAUUAUUUAUUUGUAUGCUCGGAUAG